CAUGGGUGAUGACCAUACAUAUCUGGACGAACUAGGUGGACCAUAAAGCGGAGAUGACUCCGCCAUUCCGAACAGGGUAGCGGACGUCCACGGCUUGUCUCGGCAGCCCCCAGUCAGUAUUUCGCCAAUUUCUACCCCCCAACUUGAGGCAAAGUUCGGGCUUGCAGCUCGGGCAAGUCCGGCGAUGAAGGGUCUAGAUGUGCGAGUUUUACUGCUUAUACCAAGUGUGUCUAGAUUGAGCCUAUCCGCCGCAGAUGGUAAAGCGAAGGUGUUGCUAAGUCUCUGGGUGUGCUCAUGCAAUUCAAAUCUGUUCGGCAUAGUUGGAAUCUUAUCUAAGGACGUUGGCAUGCAGGUUGUAAGAAAAAAGAACGCACACUUCAACAUAAUAAGACGUCGGACUAACAACAAAAAGGUAUAGUUACUCAGCACCUACAGAUAUCC